GAUUUAUUUUUUCUUUCUCUUUUUGUCAUUCAUCCCAGAAAAACUCAAAAUCUAUUGAUGCAAAAAAUGGCAGACAAAACAAAUACCAAACAAAUGUCAUCAUCGACAAUGACAGCAACAGCAACAACAACAACAAUGUGGUCAAAUAAUAAUAAACCAGUAAAAAUGAAAUUGUUUGGCGCUUGGGAGAUUGAUAAAACCCCAUCAGAUUGUAUACCGAGAUUAUGUUCACUGAAUAUAACACGUUUAACAUUGAAUAAAUCACUAUGGACAGAUGCUACAGCCAUUAUGGUUGCUGUUAAAAUGCAAAAUUCAAAACGUAUUUUACGUUCAAAUGAAAUAACUAUACCAUCAUCGACAACUAAUCAAUCGAAUGAUCAACAACAACAACAACAAUCAAUGUUGGAUAUUGAAUUAGAUCUUUCAUUUACAUUACAAUAUCCACAUUUUAUAAAAAGAAAUCGAAAUUAUCUACAAAUUAUAUUACAGCGAAGAAAAAAAUAUAAAAAUAAAGCAAUACUUGGUUACAAAACAUUAGCUUGUGGCCUAAUUGAUAUGGUUGAAGUAUUACAACGUUCAACUAUCAAUGAAAAAACACUUGAUCUAAUUGGCCGUGUAAAAGAUAUUGGAAAAAAUGAAAUUAUUGCACGAAUAAUGAUUUCAUCGCUGAAAAGUCAACCAAUCGAUAAUCAAGAUAAUAGUAGUGGUAAUUUACGACGUGGAAAAGUUUCUAUUGAUCGUCCCGAUGUUUAUAGUGAUGAUGAUGAUUUCACUUCUGCUGAAGAUGGCAGUGAUAGUGAAACGAUUGAAGAAGGUAAUAAUGUUAUGUUUCGUCGUAAACUGAAUCAUGAUCAUAAAUCACGAAAACUAUUCACUACAAAUGAUAAAUUUCGUUCGAUUGUUCCAACGAAUGUACAGCAAAGAAAUUUGAAACAGAAAUUCAUAUCAUUAUUGAAAAAAUUUCGUUUACCCGAUUCUGAAGCCUAUGAUUCGGAGGAAAAAUUUCAGGAAGCAUUGGAAAAAGAAUUAAUGUCGUCUACGCAGGAACCGCCAGAAGAUAUUGAUGAAUUUUUUGAUGAUGAAGAAAUCGAUGAUCUUGAUUAUAUGACAGAUAGUGGGCAAGAAUUUGAUGAUGUUAGUAUCUCUUCCACGCCUAAACCAAGUUUAAGGCCAUUCUUUUCAUCCUGUACACUGGUGGGACAGGAUAAAUCCUAUGAGUUUCCCAUUGCUGAACACAAUAACAAUAAUUCAACAAAUAAACUAGAUGAAAGUCAAGAAACCUCGGGUACUGAUGGUACACCAGAAACAUCGGAUAAUAGCCAGAAACAAAUGAAUUUGGAUUUGGUGGAUACAUUAAUCGUACCAUCAGCACACAAUAAGAAGAAAUUGAGCUUUGAUAAAGAAACGAAACGUGUAAAACUUUUUCCCAGAGAUAAAGACAAUAAAAAUCAUCACCAUAAUCAUAGGGAAAAGGAGAAAAAAUCUUUACACGCAACAAUGUCAUUGUUAUCAACGACGACAAAUUAUCAUCAUCAUAAAGAUGACACAGCAGCAACAAAUACUUCGAAAGAAUUUGUUCUCGAUCAAUUGAACAAGGUUUUUGUGGAAGAACCGACGGCCACUAUACCGGAAGAGAUAAUAUUUAUCAAUCUAACGGAAUGUAUGCAUAAUAAUCAACAAGAACAACAAUCAUUCAUACAAAUGUUUGAACGUACAAAUUAUCGAAUAAUCACAACAAAUACAUUGAAUGAUAUACGUUUAUCGUUCAAUUUCCUCUGUAAUCGUAUACAAAAAUAUUGCAAUAAUAAUAAUAAUCUGAAAAUCUCGACACCAAUCAAAUUAAUAUUGAUUGGUUCUGAUCCAUACAUCAAUUCGUUUCUACGUUAUUAUGUUGAAUCAUUGGCCAAUAAAUCGCAGGAAUGGCAAAAUUUUUUCCGUUUCUUCAUCAUUCCAAUCAAUUAUCUGUAUCAUCAUGGUUAUCAUCAUCCGCAUCAUCAUUAUGGAUCAAAUAUGCUUCAUAAAUACAUUGCUAGUAUAGAUCAAACAUAUUCACAAUAUUUUUUUCCAUCAACAACAACAACAAAAUCAUUAACGACAAAAGACUAUGAUUCUAGUCGCUUUAUUAACAACACCACCAUCACCACCACCACCAUUGCUGAAAAUAAUCAAUCAUCGAUUGAUAAUAAUAAUAAUCUGCAAGGAAUACAUGAAUUUUAUCAGAAAAUUGUAAAUUUUAUAAAUAAUGCUCAAACCGUAAUACAGAUACCAAUAGCUGAAGCAAUGGUCACAUAUAAAGAUAAAAAUUUUGAUGAUGAAUCCAAUCAGGUUUUUAUUCCAUUUAUUUGUGAUGUUAAAAUUGGUCUUGCAGAUCACGCUGGCAGCCAUUCAAUGGAAGAAGAAUUAUUCAAUUUCUCAACGGUUGGUAUUAAUUUAUCAUCAAAUUCAAUGCUACAACAACAAUCGCAACCACAAGUUUCAACAACGCAAGCAAUGAUGAUGAUUGAUAAAUCUAUUAUUACAUCACCGACAUUUAAUUCAAAAGAUCAACAGCAGCAACAACAACAUAUAUCAACGCCACCAAAUUCUCCCAGCAUGACUGCAACAACAACAGCUAAUAAUCAGCAUGUAUUCAAUCAAUUGAUGAAUAAAGAAUCAAUGAUGAUGAAUGAGGUAAUGGAUUUACAAUUUGAUUAUUGGACAGCAUCAUUGCAGCCAAGAAUUGUCGAUAUUUCCUCAUCAUCAGCAAUGGCUUCAUCAUCAUCGUCGUCUUCAUCAUCGUCGAAUAAAAAAAGCGAUAAUUGUAAAUUUACAUUGAAAAAUUCAUUCCGUCAUGUACAAAUAACUCGUUUACCAAAUUUUGGUGAAGCAACUUGUUCAUCAUUAACUUUCUCGUACAUUACCAAAGAGAAGAAACAGAAAAUCAUGAGAUUAGGUAAGAAAAAAGAAAAAGAUGUUGAUGGCAAUAAAUGUCCAAGGCAAACAAUUGAAGGAAUUUGUCGUCUAGUUUGCUCGUAUAAAACAUCGCAAUCACCAAUUAAAUUGAUAAUUGAUGGUGUUGAAUAUUCCGGAGUAAAAUUUUUCCAACUAACACCACAAUGGCAAACACAGGUAAAAUUUUUUCCUAUCGUCAUCUAUUCAAACAAUCCACCACCAUUAUCAUCAUCAUUAACAACAACAACGACGACGACGUCAAUGAUUGAUAAAGAUAUCGCUUCAUCAUCAUCAUCAUCGAAUCAUUCCAUUUUACCCUAA